AUGGUUCAAAUCAAGGCAGCUGCUCUAGCUGUCCUUUUUGCAGGCCAAGUGCUUGCCGGGCCCGUCGAAUCCCGACAGGCCUCUGUGAGCAUUGAUACCAAAUUCAAGGCCCACGGAAAGAAAUACCUUGGAAAUAUCGGUGAUCAGUACUCCUUCAACAAGAACGCAAAGACCCCGGCAAUUAUCAAGGCCGACUUCGGUCAAUUGACUCCGGAGAACAGUAUGAAGUGGGAUGCUACUGAGCCAAGCUCGGGCCAGUUCUCUUUCACAGGGUCGGACUAUCUGGUCGACUUUGCUCAGUCAAAUGGGAAGCUGAUCCGCGGCCAUACUCUCGUGUGGCACUCUCAGCUCCCAUCCUGGGUCUCUUCCAUCUCAGACAAAACAACUUUGACAAAUGUCCUGAAAAACCACAUUACCACGCUGAUGAACCGUUACAAGGGUAAAAUCUACGCCUGGGACGUUGUGAAUGAAAUCUUCAACGAAGAUGGUUCCCUACGUAGCAGUGUCUUCUACAAUGUUCUCGGCGAGGACUUUGUGCGGAUCGCUUUCGAAACAGCUCGUGCUGCAGACCCAAAUGCAAAGCUCUACAUCAAUGACUACAACCUGGAUUCCGCCUCUUAUUCCAAGGUGACCGGUAUGGUCAGCCAUGUCAAGAAGUGGAUUGCUGCCGGUAUCCCAAUCGACGGAAUCGCUCUUAAUGCUCUAGCCGGUGCAGGAACAGAGGAGAUUGCUGUUACUGAGCUUGAUAUUGCUGGAGCCAGCUCUACCGACUAUGUAAACGUUGUCAAUGCUUGUCUGAACCAGUCAAAGUGUGUCGGAAUCACAGUGUGGGGAGUUGCUGACCCGGAUUCGUGGCGCUCCAGCUCCAGCCCUCUGCUCUUCGACGCAAAUUAUAGCCCCAAGGAUGCAUAUUAUGCCAUCGCCAAUGCUCUCUAG